CUGAUUAUAGCUCAGUUACAUUUUAUAUAUGAAAACAGAAAUAGCCUUCUUGAAAUAGAAACUCUGGUAUUGAAUAUUCGGUGCAGACAUAAGGCACUUGAGAACUGUUUUAUAAAGACAUUUGGUCACUGCAGGGACUAAUUUAUUUCACAUUUAGAAGCACAAGUCUCACUGCCUCUAUUUACAGUGCAAGCAGUUGUUGCUCAGAGGAAGCUAGGCCUGGGAGUGGCUCAGGAAGGUUUAAAUGGUGGAGCCAUGUGUUGCUGUAUGUGCACUGUGCUGCAUAAAGGAAAUAGGGAACAUGCCAUGUCAAUAAUUUAUGCAGCGAGAGCUCUCUCUAUUCUUUGUUAUUGCAUGGGACAAUACAUGGAAUGUCCUUUCUGCCAUCUUCUUGUCAGUCCUACCCUGCUGGACUAAAGCGUGGCCUGUCUAUACUACAAUGACUGGAAAAGUAUCAUGCCAAAGUAAAGUGCCAUGCUAUGAUUUUGCUUCUCAACAACCUGUUUUCAGAUCCAUGGAAGGCUCUUCACACAUAAGGCUAACUGAAUUUCCCCUUCUGCUAGUCCUGCUGGGCAGAGCAGUCCAAAAGCUCUACUUCUCUUCCAAGAAAAUAGAACAGAUGUUUCUUAGCAUAGCACAACAUCUUUUCUUUACAGAAAGUAGUAAUGUUGGAGGGAAUGUCAGUGGCACUGGUACUUCGGAGGCUGUGAGUCUUUUCUAAAAUGCUGCUCUGACAAUUUCAGAUGCUCCUUGGCUCAGUAAACAAAGAACAAAAUCCAUACAGCAAGUGAUGGCUGUAGCUGGGUCACGUUGACCAGCAUGUUAAGCAGGAUUACCCACCUCUGUACAAGGAAGAUACAUUUACAUCAAGUAGCUAAAGCAGUUUAGUUCACAAGCUGCUAAGAUGGCCCAAAUGUUUUUUUUAAUCAUGUUAUAUGAUAUGCUCUUAAAGAAUAAUUUAAUAUUUUCCCUGUAUAAUUGCAUUGUCUUCCCCUACACAGUUCUCAGAUGAGUAUGAGUGAUGUAACUCCUUGACUUUAGGAAGCAUCUUACGUUAGCAUCUUUCCUAAGAAGACUCUGACCAAGCUGAGCCCAAGAACAUGAGAUCUAAGUCACUCGCUGAGGCCAAUAUUCUGUGCUUGUAGACAUUCUUUCAUUAAGGCUUGUUUACCUGCAGACAAGAGCUGGGGUUUCAAAUCCUAAAAAAGUUCCCCUAACAGGAAUGGUAGAAAAUAGAGGAUACAGAAGAUUACUUGUCCAAAAUAUACAGAAUAUAUACAAAAUAUACAGAAUGAAAUGUUGGGGAAAAGCAACAAACCAUAAAAUUAUUGGGGAAAAGAAAAGAACAUUGGAUGAAUAAGCAUGUAAUCAAUAUCCAACCUUUAAAAUAAAAUCCCUGGAGUGAACCACUCAUAGAUUCAAGAUUGUGUCAGCACACUGUAGAGACAUACCAGGCUCAGUCUGAGUUAUGCCAGUGUCUGCCACGUCCACUUUUAGCCACAUUUAAUAUAACCCGCUUUUAAUUUCCUGAUGGCUGAGUUCACAGAAACUCCUUCUGCUCUAUUAACAUCACAGUUUUAAACUGUUUUCUCCUCCAGUGUGUAUCACAUCCCACGCUCUGUAUGCAUGCUCUGAAAUACUCUCUCAAGCAAAAGGACACCCUCUUUCCAUAAUACUUCCACAGCAUGUGAUGGUGCUCAAUCUUUUUGAGGUAAUUACCUGAUAACUCACUAGAAAUACAAAUUAUCUCAGCUGUAGCUCCAGCAGCUGUAGCUAUGUUAAUAUAACAUAGCUAUCCAUCAUCCAUGUGUUCUUUUAGAUGGCUUCUUUGUCAUAUUUUCACAUGAUUAGUACCUUUUUUGGAUUAUUUCUUAUGUCUUAUUUGGGGUUCUCAAAUGACAUCACAGACUUUUUACACUAUGUCUCUAAAACCACAAAAGAAAAUAAUAUCACUGUUCCUAAGUUCCUUAACUUUUCUGGGAUUUGUUAUGUCGUUAUAGACAGAGCCUAGCACAAUAUCCUAUUCAUAACGACAGAUCUCUCAUAAAGACUAGAAAGAGUUAAAAUCCCCCCCUCCUUUUUUUUUUUGGAGGGUGGGAAAAUGUAAAUAUGUUCAAUCUAACUGAUGUUUAAUGAGAUUUGCAAGCUCUCCUAUAGCCCCUCUCAGCACCAAAGCCACUUGCCUAAAAUCUGAGCAGAGCACCCUGAUGGUUGGGUGACAAUGCAUACCAGCAGCACAGCCUUUGCCUUUUUCUGAGGGCUGGGCUGGGUGCCAAGGAGCCUGUACACCAAAGGCGUGUUCUUACAUUGCAUUGCAGUGAGUGCUCCACAAAUCCCCCUUGGCUCUUCCAUCAGCAAAAUGGGACUGAAAGGUUUUGGAUGCAGGCAAUCUGUGUUACUGCUCCUGACACUCUGGAGCAGUGUUGAAAUGGUGAUUUCAGGGAUUGAUGACAGUCUUUCACUCUGCUGUAUAAAAUGAAGCAAACGUAAUAAGCAAAUACUAUUUUGCUGUUCAUUGCUGGGUUGUGACAGCCUUGAUACACUCUGAGAAUGUUGUUUUAUAGGAAUUGAAGAGAAAAUGCUAUCAAACAGAAAACAUUUAGGCAAUGCUGCUAAAGAAUAAACUAAUGUGAAACAGUGAAGCCAAUGGGAAAGGGUGAAAGAAACCGAAACAGGACUUGGGCAGUGGGGAAGACAGUAAGAGUGCUGCUCUGCAGGACAGCCACAAGGACAUCACUGGACACAUGGGUGGGUGUGAGUGGAGGAGGGAAGAGCAGGUGGAUGCACGGUGAGCACAGCUUCCUUCAGGUGUAGCACAGUGGGAUGUGCAAAGUUCUUGCAGGUUCCCGGAGCAGAACAGUACAGUUUGCUCUUGAGGUGGGAAGAUCUUUGGGGUUUGGUAGAGGUUUUGUGUUUCUGCAGCUUUAGCAUGUGUUCUAGAGUAAGAAAGUGAUCAUUUAGAUUUAGGAGUGAAAAGGGGAGGUUAAAAAUGUACUAAAUGCAUGAUAUAUAGUGCUAUGAAAUUGAGAUCCUGCGGUUUAAUAGAAUCAUAGAAUCACAGAAUGGUUUGAGUUGGAAGGGAUCUAGAGUCCCAUAGGCAGGGAUGCCACCUACUACAUCAGGCUGCUCAGGGCUCCAUCCACCCAGGAAUGGGACACCCACAGCUUCUCUGGGAUCGCCAUUCAGUUCUGGAGCUCUGGUAAGUGAUAGCAGGGAGACUGCAUCUGAGAGACCAAUUCCCUUGCAAAAUAACUUAUGCAAGCCAGACUAUUUUCGUAGGGGCACAAGUUACAGAUGUAUGGCUCAUUACCAUGACAUGUGCCUUGGAUGACCAGAAACAAUUACUGAGUUGUGGUGACUCAAUUAACUUUUACCCAUGGUAACAGGGAAAUCAGAGAUCUGUAAUGCUUUGCUUCUGUAUUGUUUUCAUUCCCUACGGCAGGAUGGCCAGCUGCCUCCCUCAUCACCAAGCCCUCUCUGUAUGACAGGGAUGGGGAGGAGGAAACAGAAAGCUGUGCUCUCAACUUCUGCUGAUCUCACAGGAGCUGAGGAGAGUCCUCAUGCUGUGAAAGGGAGAUGGCCACAGCAGCUCCCCUACCCUUAGCUCUGUGAUGAGGUUUCACCCCGCUCAGCCUUUCCACUCCCUGUUUUGGCAGUGGCCUGGCCCAUCUGCCACCACGACCCGAAACACAAGGUGAAGCAUACUGAGAGGCUUGAAGAGGAGCAAAGAACCUCCUGAAAUGCCUGCGAGGGGCCACGGUGCCCAAAAUGAGGCACAUCGGAGAGUGAGCACAUCCCCCGGUAACAUAAGCCCCCAGCUAGCUUUCCUUUCGCGCACAAGGAUAACAGUUGCUCUGCUGGGGGGCGUGCGGUGCUUCUGACACGGCUGAGGCAUUAAGGUGCCGUCGGCCCCGCAGGCAGCGGAGUGACAGCUUCGCCCGGCGCCGUGGGCUGAGGGGACGGUGCGCGUCUGCCGGGACGCCCCGCAGAAGCCUCCGUUCCCCCGCCCGGUGCGUGGGCGGCGGGGGCGGCCGUGUUUGUGUUUGUCCCGGGCGCUCACAUGGAAACGGCUCCGCGUGCGCCUUCGCCCCCGCACGGGCCGGUGAGAAGGGAGCGGACAGCUGCGGUGCAACCCGCCGCUCCCCGCUCGAGCGCCCGCAGGUAGGAGGGCCCGGCCGAGCAGUCACAGUUCGGGCGGCGCGUCCGUGCCGGCCCUGGGGGCGGCCGUCGCGCUCCCUCCCUCCCUCCUUCCCGCCGGGCUCCCGCCCCCGGCCGGGAGUGCCGCCUGCCGCAGAACGGGGAGCGGUAACUUUGCCCUUUCCCCGCCCCGCCAGCGGCUGCGGGAGCGCGGCCGGGCCGGGGGGAAAGCGUGCGGGUGCGGGGAGACGCUGCUCGCUCGGUGCCCUCCGUUUUCCUCUUCGACCUUCGCUUCUCCUCGCGCCGGGACCCUUCAAAACGCCCAUGGAGACCCUCGUCCGCCCCACGGCCGGCAAGCCGCCCAGCGGGAGAAGAAUGAAAGCUCGUGCUCCUCCUCCACCAAACCAACCUUCUGCAGCCAGUAGAAUUCACAGUGAGCCGAAGUCACCUGCAGAGACAUCCGUAAUUUCUGAUCAGAGCCUUGUGAGCAUGAAGGAGAAUAUGAUAAAUAGAAUGGUGGAUUUCACAGUCAUUUUACCCAGUGGGGUGGAACAGAAGAGCACAGUACAAGGAAGUAAAGCUGUGAUGGAUCUUUUGGUUGAUCUGUGCAGCCGGCAUCACUUGAAUCCAUCCCAGUACAGUCUUGAAUUGAAGUCUUUGGAAACUCAACAACCUUUGAGUUACAAACCAAACACUUUAAUAGGAGCACUGGACGUACAGACAGUACUCCUGAAAGAGAAGGUUCCUGAAGAGAAGAUAAAGAGACCUCUACCAAGGGGUCCUGAGAAAUCUGUGAGGCUGGUGGUAAAUUACCUGAAGACACAGAAGGCAGUGGUUCGAGUCAGCCCGGAUGUGCCUCUUCAUAACAUCAUCCCAGCUAUUUGUGAGAAGUGUGAAGUCAGUCAGGAGCACAUUGUUCUUCUGCGAGACAGCAUCACUGGGGAGGAGCUGGAGCUUACCAAAUCCUUGGAGGAGCUGGGAAUAAGCGAGCUGUAUGCCUGGGACCGAAAAAGAGAGCCAAGUCGAAGUGUUUCACUAAGCAAUGAUGCAAUAGAGAAAGAAAAGAAAGGAUUUCUGGGAUUUUUCAAAGCUAACAGAAGCAACAGCAAGGGUUUUUCCACAGCACCAAACUCCCCUUCGGUGAAUUCCCGUUCCAGUACCUUGGGUCCAUCGCUGUCCCUUGGUAAUAUCUCAGGAAUGACAGCAAACCCAGAAGUGAAAAAGCGCAGAGCACCUCCUCCACCAGUUUUGACACCUCCAUUGCAGAAUAUGGAGAUGAGUGGACAGGAGAAGACAACAGUACAGAUUUCACAAGGAGCAUCUCUUAAUGAUCUACAGAAAAAGAAGAGGCGUGCACCUCUUCCACCAACUCAGUCUGCUCCACCUACUCCUGCCAUGCCAAAUAGGAGGGAAGAGAUGGAAGACAAGAGGAAGAGCACAAUGGAGAGCCUGCUGCCUGCACAUGAUAAUUUUUAUGUAGUGGAUGAUGCAGUUAUGGAGCUAUCAGAAGUAGAAGAAACAGCAUCAGAAAGCAGCUGCUUUGCAUCUGAGGACACUACUGAAGACUCAGGUGUAGUGAGUUCCCCAUCUGACAUUGUGUCACUGGAUUCACAAAAUGAGAGUAUGAAGUUGAGAGACAUCAAGCUGGUGAAUGGCUACAUGGACUCAGACAUGAUCUAUGGUACAGAGACUUGCUCUGUAAAGAGCACGUACUGCAAUAACGUGGGAUAUGCCAGUACUCCACACAGCAGUAAAAGUGAAGAAAUAGCUGCGGCUAAGCGUGAGAAUGAGGAUAUAUUCAUUGAUGCACAACUCCAGCAGACUUUGGCUGACCUGGAUGAAGAUUUAGAAGCAAUGGAUGUUUUAAGUAACUCUGAUUCUGAGCAUGUGAGUGAAGUGUUGAACCCACAUACAAGCAAAGUUGAGGUCCUCCACGAUGUUGCUAGUUCUGUUCCAGUAACAGUCAUAGAUGAUGCUCCAGAAGUUACCAUCUAUAACUCAGCUGGAAACCAAGAGACAAGGGGUUCACGGAAUUUAUCAGCUGACUCUGUUAAUAUGGGAAACUUUACAAAUAGAAACAACAAUGCAGGUUCCUUUGAUAAGGGGCACACCAAUGGUGAAGCUGUAUGUAUACCCAAGUACCUAAUACAUCAGCAGCCAUCUGAUAAUGAGUUCAGUCACUUACCCGUGGAACAGAGGAGGGAUAUGUUUGAAUCUCUCACAUCCUCCUUUGAAAAAAGAAGUGAAAAGAAUGUAAAAGUAGAGGCUCUGCCUAGACAUGUUAUGAAGUCUGAGGAAUAUAAAUCAAAGUUGACUUCAUCUCACCCCAAGACUGCAACUGAAAUCAAUACAGCAAAAGAGAAAGUAAAUCCAUUUAAUGAAUGUAGUAAGAGGGAGAGACCUCUGAAAAAAAGUAAGUCAGAACUAGAAAUCAAACGGCCACCUGCAAAAAAAAUUGAAGUAGAAGAAGUUCCAUCAACACCUCCAUGGUGUCAUCGUGCCCAGAAAUUGGAAGCAAAUUAUGAACCCAAAAUGGGUUUGACGACCUUCAAAGUUGUCCCUCCCAAACCUGAAGUAAAAAAUUUUGAUAGAGGACUUUCGAUCUCUACUGGUGCCAUUAAGAUCGAUGAACUAGGCAACCUUAUCAACCCAAAGCCUGUUGUCAGUAAGAACAUACCAGGUUCCUCUGCUGGUGAAAGUGAGGAAAUUCCUCUUGGGAAAGUGAAGGCAUUCUGGAGGUCAAGUUCUAUGGAAAAACAAAGUGAUGACUCUGCUGAGCAUCUUGCUAAAAGGCCAGCAGUUACCACAAACUCUAAGUCCUUUGUUACAAAGCAAGAAUGCAAACCCGUCUGUCCUGAAGCUUCAAAACCUGUACCACCACAAACUGUUAUUUCCCAGGUAGGUGAAAAACAGUCUGAGAAUGAGAAGACCAAACCACCUCUUCCAGUUACACAGUCUCAGGUAAAACCAUUAGUGGUCCCAGCCAUUAAUAAGGACAAGCCAGAGCUUCCAUUUCUAAAGCCUCACAGGAGAACUUCCAGUCAGUAUGUGGCCUCUGCCAUUGCAAAACACAUCAACCUACCUACCUUUAAGUCUGAUUCUACAGAUUUUCAUGAGAAAGAUGAAAAUAAGCAUGGGGCAGGAGAGAUUAAAACUGAAGCUGAUGUUUCCCCCAAAAGGUGUAUCGUUGUGGCCAAAUACAGCCCUGUGGAAACAGAAUUGGCAGAAACAAGAGAAAAAAUUUCAAGUAUUUUUACUAGUCAAAAAGCAUCCCACAGAUUCACACCUGGUGAUAAUUCUGGCACGGAAAACAAAGUAGUGAACAUCAGGGCACCGAGUCAAGCAACUCCUGCUAGUUUCUAUAAAAAGAAUGCCAGUGUCCCACUUAGUAAAUCCUCUUCAAAGGAUAACAGCAAAGCAGAAGAUGAUCACAGUUUAAACAGCAAACAAGGUACAGCAGAGAAAAAGAUGCAUCUUUUGUUUGACCAGAAAUGCGAGACUUUGCCCCGUAGUAAUUCAGCCUCCUCUCUCAAGUCACCUGAUCUCCAAGGAGCCUCACCCUCUUUCAGUUCAUCUUUGCGCAUUACUAAAUGGCCUCCUGCUGACAGCAUGCAAGUUAGUUCCCUGAAAGCAGCCGAGUUCAAUGGUGUGACAGCAAAGGCAGAAUCAGAACAGAAUGACAGAUCUGAUGAUUCGGCUGCUAAUGCUAUCGGUGAAUUGGAUGUUAAUGUGCAGACUAAUAUCUUUGGACCAAAGAAGAAGUUCAAACCCGUUGUCCAAAAACCAAUUCCAAAAGAUACAUCGCUGCACAGUGCCCUAAUGGAAGCUAUUCAAACAGGAGGAGGAAAAGAGAAACUCAGAAAGGUUUCAGACAGUGCACUAAAUGGCAAUCACAAGAAACCCUCAUACAGUGAGCAAGAGAAUGAGCGGUCAGCCCUACUAGCAGCAAUUAGAGGUCACAGUGGCACUUCCAAGCUGAAAAAAAUCUCCUCAUUGGCCUCCGAAGAGCUCCAGAGUUUUAGGAAUGCAGAACUGUCUUUACAGAAAGCAGAAGACCCUCAGGAAGAACAGCUCUGUAUUCCACCUGCCCCUGCCCAGCCACCACCUCCCCCUCAGCUGUCAACAGCUACGUUUAAAUUCUCUGCCACAACUACAGGUGACCCUGGAGAGGCAAGGCGAGCCCUGAUGGAGGCCAUUCGCUCUGGUGCUGGAGCAGCAAAGUUAAAAAAGGGAAGUUCACAUCAGCAUGCAAACAGAAGUCUGAAUGUGCAGUUACUUUCUAUGUGAAAAGAUGUAUUGAUACUAUGCAUACGAGUAGAAGAUGACAAAUUAUGAAGAACUGCUACUCCAGAUCAGGCCUUUGAUUCCAUACUUCACUAGCUUACAGAAAAAAAAAAAAAAAAAACAAAGGAAAUGUGGACAUUCAAGAAUACUUGAUGCUGUUUUUUGAUUUGUAGAUCCUUCCAAAUUCCUGGUUCGUCCAACUGCAUAAGACUCUGAGGGAACCCAUACCGCUAUUCAUUUAAAUAGGCCUUUAUUAUAUCCUUGGGGAUUUAUUUUGAAACAGUUGGGUGGCCUCUGCAGACCAUGAAAGUGAUCUAGAUAUACUGAUGUAUUCUGCUAAAUACUGUGCCUGUCUUUUUCUAUUUUCAAGACAGAGUAUUUUUUUUGUAGUUUUGACAUUGAGAUGACAGAAGAGUGCAUCUCUUAUUGGAUAGAUCUUUUAUGAAAAUAAAAGAGAGGAGCAUUUUGUACAAAACAAAGUAAAGUGGUAUUAUUAUUGUGCUGUUCUUCAGGUAUUGGAUAUGCAAGUUAAGUCCUGUAUAUGCUAAAGGCAUUGUAUCACUUUGACAUCUGAAAUUUCAUGCCCUUGAUCAGUGAUAAAAGUAAAAUUCAGAUUUCUCAAAGAGCUUGUAUCCACUGUGUAUUAAAAUCUCUCCUAGCUUGCUGUGUUAAGUGAGAGCUAAAUUCUGAUCUUUUCCUUGCAGUAAGGCAAUUUGUGAUAGCAAAAGUUGAAUUGGUAGAAGCAUGUGUCUGCAUAUCAGAGUUUUCUUUUCUUCCUUCAUAGCUGAAGAAUAUAUCUCCAAGGAGCACUGAGUUGUUGACAGAGGGUGGCUGACAGGUAGUUUUGCACCAGGGCUGAGGCAAGCUUUCUUCUGUGUUUAGCCUUACGUGUCCAUUAUCUCUGAUGCCAUGAUUUGGAGGUAUGAGUACAGGGCCAUUUUUGGCUUUGCUUUCUAGAAGGUUUUGGUUUCAACAGCUAGACAGCAGACUUGGUCGUUCCAUUCUGUAAUUGUGUCUGUUUCUCCUUCAUUGUCUUCUUGAAAUUUUUUGGAACAGGAGCUUCUGAUGGUGAAGUCAUUCAUUUAGCUAAUAUUGUGGGGGAACUGAGACUAAGAACUGUGUUGCUUAGUUAUGUAUGACUCAGUUUGGCCUUAUUUAUAAGGGGUUAUUUGCAGUGGAAGUAGAUCAAACAGAGCUGUCAGGGGAACUAAACAUAAAAAGCAACCAAUUGCAUAGAUAAGGAGCAUCCCAACAAAAAUUUGAGCUCUAUUAAUAUCUGUGAAAAGGCAACUCCUCCACUCCACCCUUGAUUACACAGCUGUUUGCUAAAGUCGUGAACUUUAAGGUUAAAAGAUCCACUGUGUAGGAAGGGAGGAGAGAAAUUGGUGUAGGCUGACCUUGCCUUGUUCAAAGUCAGAGUCUGCACCACAUUGGCUGUAAUUGGGUCACCCAAAACAAACCAGAACAAAAAUAGGUACUUGAGGAAAAUGCCAAGUGUGGAUAAGACAGUAUGUGCGUAGGUUCCCUGUCCAUUCCUUAAUUGAUUUCUUGGAGUACUUUGCCUGCUUUGGCUAAUAAAUCAUACUUUGUUUUGGAGAAAUGACUUCUGUUUUAUUGCACACUGUUGCUGUGCACGGAGUCCUAAAGGAACAUUCUUGUGGAUGCCAAGCCCAGUUGGGCCUCUUCAGAAAAAUCCCAGUGCAGUGCAGUUCAGAGAGAUGCCAGAAAGGGGGUUAGAUUUCAUAUCCUACCCAAACAUCUUCACCUCCAUUCUAUGCUAUUGAAAGGUGAUGAAAUUACCAAGCUGCAAAAGACUUUACAAGAUGCAGGAAGUAACCUUUUUCUUCAAUUUCCAAAAUAGCCAAAAUGUUACUUGCUUAGCACACCCGAAGUGCAAUAGCAAAUCAUGGAGAUGGCGUGAAGCAAAGACAGCAACCAGGAUGGCUGACAUGGUGCUUUUGGCUGUUAGUUGACUUCAGAAGUAAAGGGGUCUCACCAGCAAGGAGCUUGCUUUCUAGCCAUGCGGUCUG